GUAAUCAUAUUCCAUACGUUUUCACGGACUACUGAACAAAAGGCAAACAAAAAAUGUCCUUAAACACUAUUUCGUUAUAAGUCGCACUUUCCACGAGUUAGUUAAAACAGAAAAGUUAUAUAGAAGAAGAGCUCUGGGUGUCAUUUUUAAAAUCCUGUUUCAGGCCGUGAAAAUAUUUGAAAUCAUAUUCAAUGCAGGAUCAACUGUGCUAGCAUUCUGUUAAAAAUUCGCAACAACUGACAUGUCUUCCUCGACGCUGGUCUUUAUAAUCACGCUCUUCUGUUUCAUUUGUACUACCACACAAGAAGCAAAUAGCCAAAUAUUUCCUCCAAAUUUUAAAUUUGGAGUAGCAACAGCGUCAUACCAAAUUGAAGGAGGUUGUAAUGAAGAUGGCAAAGGAGAAAACAUCUGGGAUCGCUUUACACAUACAUCACCAAACAAAAUAUUCGACCACUCCACCGGUGAUGUAGCUUGCGAUUCGUAUCACAAAUAUGAAACUGAUAUAGCUUUACUCAAAGAACUUGGAGUCGACUUUUACAGAUUUUCAAUCUCGUGGUCUAGAAUUUUACCAACUGGGUAUGUUGACGAUGGAAUUAAUCACCGAGGUGUCGAAUAUUAUAACAACAUUCUAAAUUUAUUGCACCAAAAUAAUAUAGAAGCCAUGAUCACACUAUAUCAUUGGGACUUACCUCAGCAUCUUCAUGAAAGCAUGGGUGGAUGGUUAAAUGAAACCAUUGUGGACAUUUUCGCAAAAUAUGCUGAUCUAGCUUUCCAUUUUUUUGGGGACAGAGUAAAAUAUUGGAUCACUUUUAAUGAGCCUAAUAACUUUUGUCAGAAUGGUUAUGAAACUGCAAUAGACGCUCCAGGUCUGGCUAACAAUCUUGGUGUGGAUGUGUACACUUGCGCUCAUAAUGUUAUAAAGUCACAUGCGGCGGUUUAUCAUAUGUAUGACAAAACCUACCGAAAAUUGCAGAAAGGUAAAAUAUCGCUCAUACUUUAUACCAAAUGGGCCCAGUCUAGUACCAACACUCACAAGGAUUUUAAAGCAGCAGAACGAAGUUUACAGUUCCAAUUUGGAUGGUUUGCAAAUCCUAUUAUAAAAGGAAAUUAUCCACGGAUAAUGAUUGAACGAAUUCGUGAAAGAAGCAUAAAAGAAGGAUUUCAAAAAUCACGUCUUCCUAAAUUUACUAAAAAAGAAAUAAGAUACAUAAAAGGCACUUUUGAUUUUAUUGGUGUUAACCACUACACAACACACAUGGUAAAAUGGAUAGAUGAUAUUCCAAUAGGGAAACCUAGCGCAUUUAAAGAUAUAUCUGUUGAGGAAUACUUUAAAGAUUCCUGGAAAGGCUCUGGAUCAUUUUGGCUCAAAGUUGUUCCAUGUGGAAUAAGAAAUAUCGCCAAAUGGAUAAAAAAUACUUACAACAAUCCUAACAUUAUAAUUACAGAAAAUGGUUACUCAGAUGGGGAAAUAAUAUUGCAUGAUUUUGACAGAAAAAAUUAUCACAAGAACUAUUUAAAAUAUUUGUUGAAAGCCAUUUAUAACGAUCAUGUCAACAUAACAGGUUACACAGCGUGGAGUUUGCUCGAUAACUUUGAAUGGAGGGAAGGGUAUUCUGAGAGAUUUGGUCUGUAUGCUGUUAAUUUUACUGACUCUAGCCGUCCCAGAAUACCGAAAGACUCAGCAGAAUAUUACAAAAUUAUUUUGAAGACAAGACAUCUAAUAAGUUAAAAAUACAUAAUCGAUUUACCACUUUAAAGCACAUGAAUAUUUUUAUUUAAAAGAAAUGCAAAUGUGGAAAAUGUCAUGUAACAUAUGAAUAUAAGGAAAAAAACUUGCAAUUAAUCAUACACAACUAAAAACUUUUCCAUAUUCCAUCAAUAUUUGUUAUUCCAGAUGCCCGAUUAACAAAACAUUUUUGACAUGAUACCUUAUAUCACUCUAACGGACUAGAGACACGAUGUAAAUAAAAAAAAUGUUGGGUCACUACAGACAUCAAAAGAUUUCUUCUAAUUAACAAUAGGUCUUUAUUUUUUUAUUUUUAUUUUUAUUUCACACUAUCAGUAGCAUAUGUAUCGGGUGAUAUUUUAAAUUUCUGCUCCAGUUACCCCUGCUAUUUAAAAAAUCACAUGAUAUUACUUACAUUAGUAUUAUAUUUCAACGUUUUAUAAGAAAACAAAACGAAUUUUCAUCUGGACUCAUAGUUAGGUCUAAACAGUGUUGCGAAGUAGACCCAUACUCCGUCCCGGUACGAUGCAUAUAGAUUUUCUAGUAUAUACUGAUGACUCAUCAUCGGUGACUGCGGCGUUCACUUAAAGAAAAGGCUGGGAGCGGUUUGUCGGAAGGCUGCGGAUGUCUCGAUGGUGGAGUCCAGAACAACCUCGAAAGCGGCGAUCGCGAUAGGUCCAGCCCAGUGAAUUAAUGAAUAUCAGUCAAGUUGAGUUAGAAUUAUUCGCUGUCACAUUUUCGCUGUGUAAUUAAUCGUGCAAAUUUGUGUUGCUGAGGAAUAAAUUGUUGAGUUUUACCCACGCUGAUUUCAAUUACCAAGCAUUGUAAGAAUAUUUAUA